UGCGUAUAUGUGGGUACUUGACCAGGAACCUCGCUCUCCAUCCAUCAUGACACAAAUAUUGAUUGUCGGUCUCAGUCCGAGCACUCGGGUGCAAGUGUUCGUUUUCGUCUAGUUUGCACAUUUUUUGGAGUUUUGCUUUCCUAGCCUACGCCGGUUGUUAUCAACGAAGCGGGGGAAAACAAUAACUUGCGUUUGUUUCGGUGGCAAAACAUUGUGCUUGUAGGAACAAGGCAACGACAGUCUCUGGUGAUCGUCAUCAUCAGCUUGUUUUAUAUAUUUUUUUCGACCGACCGCUGUUUGUGAUAAGAUAGGCAUUCGUUUUUGCUUCACCCAGAAGAGCAAUGAGAGCGAGCGAUAGCGUGCAAUGAGCCAAGGGUUGAUACGUGUCGUCUGAUUAUUCAUUCUUGGAGAUUCCGAUCAGACAGGCCGUGUUUUAUUCUGAUCUUUCAGCUGCAAAACGUUAGCAUGUCUUUGAGCAUCCUAGUAACCGGCGGGGCUGGAUUCGUUGGCUCGCAUACUGUUCUGGAGCUGUUGAAUGCUGGACAUCAGGUCAUCUGCGUGGACAAUUUGUGCAAUGCCUUUGGCGCGGCGGACUCCAAGCUGCCGGAAUCACUGAAACGGGUACAGGAACUGACGGGGAAGAACGUAACGUUCUAUGAUGUGGACAUUCGUGACAAGAACGGGUUGAGGGAGGUUUUCAAAAAGCACAAAAUCGACUGUGUGGCACAUUUUGCCGCGCUGAAAGCUGUUGGUGAAUCAUGUCGGAUACCGUUGCAAUACUACCAGAACAACAUAACCGGCACCAGUGUGCUGCUCGAAGUAAUGGCUGGGAGCAACGUAUUAAAAUUUGUUUAUAGUUCGAGUGCCACUGUAUAUGGCGAACCGCAGAAGCUUCCACUGGACGAGAAACAUCCGACGGGCAAUUGCACCAACCCUUACGGCAAAAGCAAAUAUUUCACCGAGGAAAUACUGAAGGAUCUCUGUGAGUCGGAUCCCAGAUGGUCGGUGAUAUCGUUGCGUUACUUCAAUCCGGUCGGGGCACAUAAGUCCGGCCGAAUCGGCGAGGAUCCCAACGGGGAACCCAACAACCUGAUGCCAUACAUUUCGCAAGUGGCCGUUGGACGAAGGCCUUGUCUGAAGGUUUUCGGGAAUAACUACGAUACUCCGGAUGGGACCGGAGUACGUGACUACAUCCACAUAGUGGAUCUGGCUGAGGGACAUGUCUGUGCCCUCGAUAAGCUAGCACGUGGUGAUCUGAAUGGGUUCGUGGUGUAUAACCUAGGAACAGGAUGCGGGUACUCGGUGCUGGACGUUGUGGAGGCGUUCUCCAAAGCGUCGGGUAAGGAAGUGAAAUACGAAAUCGUGGACAGACGACCUGGCGACGUAGCUACAAGCUACGCGGAUGUUACUCUAGCAGCUAAAGAACUGGGUUGGAAGGCCAAGCGUGGUCUGAAGGAAAUGUGUGAGGAUACCUGGAAUUGGCAGAGGCUCAAUCCGAAUGGAUUUUCCGGGGCAAAUUAGGUCACACUGGAGUUCGCGGACUUGAAUAUGCUUUUAGUGAAAAAAAAAACACUGCAUUUGACGCUAGCUUUUCCAAACAAACACGAUUGCCAUAGAUAAUAUAUUGCGUAGAUAGACUAAAUUGGACCACUUAUACCAAAUGGGAGCUGACGGCUGGAUUUGAACAAAUUCAACAAGAUGUGCAAAUAAAAGUAAAUUCUGUAAAAAUA